GCUAUCCCUGACCCCAUGACCCCUCACACCCCCUCCCGCCGCCGUUCCCCCCCCCUCCCGGGACAGCCGCGCCACCGCCAUUUUCCCCGUCGAACGGUGGCUCCAUGGCGGCGGCAGCGUCAGGCGGCCGAGGGCCCCAGCGGCCGAGGGCGCCGAGGCGCAGCCCGUCCCCGGGCGGCUACCCUAGAUCCAAGCCGCUCGGCCGAGACAGCUUCACCUCUCGGCGCCGGGAGGGGUCCGUCUCCCCGGGCCUUCGGCGGGAGCUCCCCGGGCACCGUCGGGGUGAGGGAGGUGCGCGGUCCCACCUCGGCGCGGGGCUUUGGGGAUGGGGCCGGGGACAGAGCCUCGGCCGGGGCCGUGCUGAGCGCUCCCCGUCGGUUCCCGUCCGCAGAGCCCUCCCGCUUCAGAGAGGAUGAGGAGAGCGACGAAGAGGAGAGAGAGGACCUGGCUGAGAGCUCGCUGCUCAACAAGCUGCUCCACACCUCACUGGUAGAGAACAGCCAGCAAGUGGAGGUGCUGCAGCAGGACCCCUCUUCACCGCUCUUCUCCAUCAGAACCUUCGAGGAGCUGCACCUGAAAAAGGAGCUUUUACAGGGCGUGUACACCAUGGGCUUCAACAGGCCAUCGAAGAUCCAGGAGAAUGCUCUGCCCAUCAUGAUGGCACAUCCACCCCAAAAUCUGAUUGCACAGAGCCAGUCCGGGACGGGGAAAACUGCAGCAUUUGUCCUGGCAAUGCUGAGCAGAGUGAAAGGUGCUGAGAGGUACCCACAGUGCCUUUGUCUGGCUCCCACCUACGAGCUGGCACUGCAGAUUGGCCACGUGGUGGAGAAGAUGGGGCAGUUCUGCAAUGACAUCAAGGUCACCUAUGCUGUGCAGGGCAACAGAGUGUCCCCAGGCACUGUGCUGGAGGAGCAGGUUGUUAUUGGCACACCGGGCACCAUGCUGGACUGGUGCUUCAAGCGGAGGCUGCUCAACAUGAGGAGGAUCUGCAUGUUUGUGCUGGAUGAGGCUGACAUCAUGAUUGACACGCAGGGAUUCUCCUCCCAGAGCAUCCGCAUCCAGAGGGCUCUCCCCAAGGACUGCCAGAUGCUGCUUUUCUCUGCCACCUUCAAGGAAACUGUCUGGAAAUUUGCCCUGCAGAUUGUCUCCAGGCCCAUCAUCAUCAAGCUGCGACAGGAGGAGCUCACUCUGACCAACAUUAGGCAGUACUAUUUUGUCUGCAGAAACUGGGAGCAGAAGUACGAAGCCCUCUGCAACCUUUACGGCAGCAUCACCAUUGGACAGGCCAUGAUCUUCUGCCAGACCCGCCGGAGUGCAGACUGGCUCUCGGUGAAGAUGAUUCAGGAUGGGCACCAGGUGGCCAUGCUGACGGCAGAGCUGUCCAUUGUGCAGAGAGCUGACGUCAUCCAGAGAUUCCGUGACGGCAAGGAGAAGGUUCUCAUCACCACCAAUGUCUGUGCGAGAGGGAUUGACGUGACCCAAGUCACAAUUGUGGUGAACUUCAGCCUUCCCAUCAACUGUCAGAAGCAGCCAGAUUUUGAGACCUACUUGCACCGCAUCGGGCGGACAGGGCGCUUCGGGAAGAAGGGCAUCGCCUUCAACAUGGUGGACAGCCACAGCACGCACCUUGUGCACUGCAUAGAGGAACAUUUCCAGACUGAGAUCAAGAGGCUGGACCCGGCUUGCAUGGAUGAGCUUGAGGAACUGGAAAACUGAGCAAAAAACAUGGCUUAGCUCCAAAGAACUCACGUUUUGGUUUAAAAUGUAUGGGAAAUCUAGGAGAAAUCUGGUUUUCUAAGUUCCUGAAGGUACGUGGUUUUGUUGUGACAUUUUAGAAGGAGAGUAGGUGAAAAACCCUCACCCUAAAAAAAUUAUUCUGAUUGAUUUCCUUGCUGCUUUGAGGGAAUGUACCUUGGUGUUCUGUGGAAAUGCUCUUUGGUUUUGGGGCAGCGUUCGCCUGUUUUGGGUACUACUGCUCUGUUUUGGAUACUGUUGCCCUGCUCUGGGCUCUGUUCCUUGUUUUGAGGUGGUGUUCUAUGGUUCUGGGGUGCUGUUUGUUGUCUGAGGGUACUGCUAUUCUUUGUUUUGUUGUUUGGUUUUUUUUUGUCUCUGAAAGAAAUGAGUUUAAAGCUGGCAAGUCCCAGUUCAACCAUCUUGGUGUCUGAGGUUUGUGUGGAAACUUGUUUUGAGGGGAGGAACUACUGUUCUGUAAUGUGUUAACUUAAUUUCAGGGAGUGUGAAGAUGAUUUGGAAGCUUUGGGGAGCCAGAAAACAGUUCAUUAAAGAUAAUAAACACAAGGGGAAAAUGCUAUUUUUUUCCUAAUUUCUUCCUUUCCUUUUAAAUACCCUACUAUAAAAGCAGUUCAAUGCUAAAUGAGCACUUUGUUUUAGAGGGUGUUCAGCAUGCAACAUCAAAAACACUCAGUUACUCCAGUAAUUUUCUCAGGUCAACACUAAAAUGUUUUAUGUUAUUGUAAGUCUUGGCUCUUAAUGGAAGGCCUGAUUUUCCUCUCACUGACACCAAGAUUAACUUUAUGGAAGACUAUGGAUUUGCACUGCAGUAUUGCAAUGAAUGGGGUUAUACCACAGAAAUCUGCUGUAGCCAGAUGUGGGUAGUAACACCUAAAAGCCUCUUUCACCUUGGUUUCCAACAAAUUCUGCAGGAAAUUCCUAAAAAUUACCUGCUCUCACCCCUCUAGUUACUAUUACAAAACUUUAAUUAAGGAAUUAACUUCACCUUUUUCUGUUGUUGGUGCAUUGUUUACUGAGUUGUCAAUCUUAAGUCAGGUGGUGUCACGUAAUAAAGGCUUAACCAAUAUGGACUUAGCAAAUACAGACAGAUUACUAACAGUACUGAAUUUCAGCAUGCCAGGCAUCUGCAUCUGUCACUCUCAGAAUAUUGUUGUUAAUACAUACAAUUUUUUUUUUACAGUUCUAGAUUUUAAGGGAGGGGAAGGAAGACAAUUUGCACUUUGGAACUGAAGCUGAAUGUUUGCUUUCAUUUUGCCAGUUUAGUAUUUGCAUUGUCUUCCAGAUACUCUAACACCAGACAGAUCAGCAGGAAGCCAGCUGUUGUACUGCACGAUGCACUGACAGUCAUCUCCUGACUCACAGGCUCAGCAUUGUCUCUUGAGACCUAAGCUGAGUACAGGGAAGCAAUGAGAGGCUUUUCCUGCUUUAAAUUGGUUUUCAGUAAGAAUGUGCUUUCUUUUUCAGUCUUUCCUCCUGUAUCCAGUUCACAGUCUGCUUUCAACUAUUCACAUCUAUUAACAGGAACAAUAGAUGUAAUACCCUUGCUUCUUACUUGUUUUUGUCGUUUUUAUAUUCUUUCUAAUGCCUUCCUUUUAACUUCCAUAUAAAAGCUGUGUUUAAUGCAGCUCUCCCCUUAGCUACUUCUGUUUCUGCGUAUGAUUUUCACAAUUAACGAGAUCUUAGACAAGUGGAUGUUAGCAGAAGGUGUUCCUGCACACCUACGCCAGCAGCCUGCCUAAAUUUUCACAGCACAGCAGAAAAACAGCAAGAAUGGUGUUGACAGAAGCAUGUAAGUCACACAGCUCCAUAUACGUGGCUUGUUGCUUGCUCCGUGCAAAGACUGAGAGAUGUCAUGGAGAAUUGUAUGCAGGGAAAAUCUGGGGGUACCAGGCUCUGUGCAAGACACAAACUGAACAUUUUUUGAAGCUGUAGGUCUGAAAGAUGUUAAUUAAUGUCAGUGACAUUAAUAACAAAGAAAUGAAAGAAAACGUGUCAACAAACUUUCCAUUCUCUACAGUGCUUUGGGGUCUUAGUUUUUAGCUAUUUUUUUCUUAAAAGGCAAUAGUUUUUGAGAAGAUUUAAUGUCUUUUUUCUUCCUUUUUUUUUUCUUUUUUAUUUUACAAAAAGGACAAAGAAUGUUUUCGAGAACUGUGUUUGGCGGACACAGAUGCCUUCAGGCACAGGGGCACCGACACCUGGUGCCAGUGUUCAUGCAACCCAUGCUCAACUUCCACCUCUGUUCUACCCUGCUGUUUACAUGAUCUCCCUCACCCUCCAGGUGUUUCUAGCUCUCCUGACUGUGGUUAAGGGUAUCUUUUCAGCAGGCAAUCUGGAUGUGUGCCCUUCCCACUGCUCUCCACAUUUCCUUUUCCCUUUGCUGUUUGUUCAUUCAUAUACUUGCCAACUAUUUGGCUGCUGCGAGUUAGAAACUUGUCCCAUCUCUCAAAAGUCUAAUGAACUCUUUAGUCAGCUUCUUAAUUGUGUUCAUAUCUGUCCAUUCCUGUCUACAUCUAACACAUUUCUUCUACAAAUAUUCCCUAUGGAAGGUAGACCUCCUUGGAUGCAGCCGGGACGUGGCAUCCAGUUGAGGGGAGUGUUUUGCUAAUCAUUCAGUUGUAUCAUCUACUUUGUUGACAAUAAAGAGAAAACCUUCUGUGCCUAUGCGCAGCUGGUUCUCUGAGGAAGGAGAGUGGGAGUUGGUGCAAGGGAGCUGUAACUUUGAGCUGUGGACUUCAGAGGAAAAGACUGAUGUGAGCAAUAGUGAUGCAAGUUCCAUGGAGCCAGUGCAAGUAAUAAUGGGGAAGUGUACAGCUUCUGCAGUGUUUGCCUUAUAUAGUAGUACAUGCAAAUUACCUUCCAUCAGUAAUGUACAGUCGUCCAGGUGUAUCCUCAAGGUAUAAGAACUAGGUGGUCAAGGAAGCAGGCAUACCCUGUAAGUCGCAAAGGAGGGAAUUGUUUCAUGACAAGUUUUUAGGUAACAGAAGAUUGAGACUGGUUAUUUGCAGAAGGUUCCUGCUUACACAGCCACGAGGCCGCUCAUAUGAUGGGAACCGGAGUUUGGUGCUGUUCUCAGCAAGGCGUCCCACGAGAGGAACUUCAAAAAGGACCACAGAGCUCGACUGAAGGACACACCAAAGGACCCCAAGGGUCCCAGGACCACCACCACAGAAAGACCGAGCACGUGCAAGGACACAGAACCCUACGUUAGUGAUUUUCGGGAAAGUACUGAGUACCAUUCCUGGGACUCAGAAAUCAUCAGACUUUGAAAGAGUUUCUGGAAAAUAAGUUGUUCAUGAAAAUAUUUUUGUGUCUGAAGGCAGUGGGCACAAAAGACAAAUCAAGAAGGUCAAAAGAACUUGAUCUCAUUUCAAAACAAAACAAUUUCUCUGUCUAAGGGUCUCCUGUGGCCAAAGAGGACUUAUCGCAGACUUUCUGUACAAAGUCUGACAUUGAAUGUACUUCUGAAAAAGAUACUACAGAUAAAUGCCAAGAUAAAGAAGAUAUAACUCUGUUGAGGUACCACCCAUUAAAGACUCUUCUAUUGUGAAGCUGGAUGAAGUUUUGGAGAGUCCAUUUUCUAGAGAAAAUGAGUAAGAGAAAGUGUAAUGAAAAUAAAAAUAGGAAAAAAUAUAAGGAAAAUACAGAAAACUCUUAAAAAACAGACAACGACCGCUACUGAAGACAGAGAAUGCACUGAUACUGAAGAGAGGGUGAAGCAAACCGGAAGCAAAGCAGAGGGUCAUUCCCACAAGAGGUGGUCCUCUCAUAGUGUGGAAACAAGCAAAAUCCUCCUGAGCAAGAGUACUGCAGUGGAAACAAGUACUCAUUGUCCUAUAGUGAAACAAAGACCUGAUGUCACAUCUCAAAGCAGAGGUCAAGAACAAGGUAGGAGUAUAUAGUACCGUUCCAAACAAAGACAGAACUUGAAGCAGAUAAAGACACAAUCGAAGUGAACCAUAGUUCACCCAUGAACUCGCUCGCCAUGGAGAUGGCAAAAAUGCAGAUACAGCAAUAAUUACUGUUACUCUCAUACUAGAAAAUAUAGUCUAGAAUGUUCUCUCCUUGUGAUAAAGAUUUGAUGAGUCAAGCUUAUUGCAGAUCAUGUAAGGAUUAUCAUUACAAAAGCAGAUGGCCUCACAGUUCACUCUCUAGGGAGGAAGAUGUGCGUCAGUUUAGCAGCCCCAGAGCAGACUGACUGCAUUGUUCAGUAUGUCAGCAGCAAUCUGAAAAAGAUUUUCCUGAAAAACAUGCAUUCCACUUGUGUGAGCUCAUUCAAAUUUUGAGGACUGUCCCCACAACAGUGGAAAACAGCACCAAAAGAAGAAGAUGCAGUCAGUCAGACUGCAGACUCAGAGUGAAUGCAAAAUGUAUGAGAACUUAAGAAUGAAGAGAUUGUAGGUCAGGAAAAGAGAAAAUGUUAGAAGGCCAAAAAGAAAUAGAAAACGAAAGGUAAACAUUGAGAUGACUACAAGUAUGUCAACGUAAUCAGAUUUUUUUUCCUAAUUGUCUUCUUGGUAUUCCACAUGUCUUCGUUUCUAACUUAGCUAUAGAGCACAGUCUGGCUGGGAGUUGUGUUGUUAUGAUGACAUGAGAUGACACCCACUGGUGUAAUUAUGAUUACAUGAGAUGAUGCCAUGUUCUGGCAUGGUGUGGACUCACCUGCAGGGUGUACCACGCUGGCUGCAGGGCUGUGGAGAGUGAGUAUCAACAGCCAGAGUCCCAGCAGGGCAGCUGCAGUGCUUGUUAAAGGGCUGCAGUUAGCAUGGCUGGGAGUGUCUUUGAGGGACUGCUUUUACUUUUUCCUUCUUUUUAAUUGGGGGAAACAGUUUUAACUGUUUUAUCUGAUUUUCCGAAAUCUGUUUUCAACAUGUUGUGACUAGUUCAGGCGAUUUUUUUCAUCAGUAAUUUCCUUGCAUGACAUCACAGACUUCAGAAAGUCGUAAAGCAAACAUAAACUCACUUGAAUGAAGAAAUAAACAUCCAGUUUCAUCUCUCGGGUAAGCCUCCUCCAGCUGGAGUCAGGCACUUGCAAAGUUUCCUUCGUAACACCUUCCUUUUGCACAGUCAUUGGACUUGUAACUCAAGAAUUACAUUGGCUCUACUUGCAACGUGAAUGUGUGACAGAGGUGUAGCAAAGCUCCACUCAGGGAGUUCCCAGCCUGACUUUGGAAUUAUCUCACGUUGAGCUACAGCCAUUCUGAGGGACUGGCUACUGUAAAAACUGCAAGCUCAGACAGCCGGCUAGAUUUACAGACAUGCUGAAACUUCUGCUCAGGAAGGAUUUGGGCAAGCUCCAUUUUAUCAGUGUGUCUGGAUACACUGGCUAUCUGAACUGGUUAUUUCCACCAUAUCAUCUAUACCUACCUGCUUAUUAAAGUUUAUUGGGACUUUGUA